AUGAAGGAGAAACACAUUAAAAAGAAGAAGAAGGAGAAAACAAAAGACUCAUCAUCAUCAUCAUCUUCUCUUUCUUCUUUGUCGUCUUCUUCUUCUCUCGCGUCGGAGGAAGAGGAGAAGAGUUCGAGCAGCAGUUAUUCGAGCAGCAGCAGCGAUGGUCGUCGUAAACGCAAAGCAAAAAGGAGGAAGAGGAUGAUGUUUAAACAGUUGAAAAGUGCGAUUGAAAAAGGGAAUUUACAAAAGAUUAAAACACUCACGCGUUCGAUGUAUCACGUCACGACGACGAAGAACGAGAAUAAUAAUGAAAAGAGGAGGAAACAAAAACGAAGAGAUGAAGAAGGAGGAGAGAACGCGUUUCACGUCAUCGCUCGGUGUAAAGAAUCGUACAAGAAUCCACUGGAAACGUUGAAGUUUAUGCUCGAAGAGUGCUUCACCCAACAACAGGAUGAGGAUGACAGUCUCCUCCUCGAAACGUUGCUCUCGCAGAAAGGAAGAAGAAAAGGUGGAAAAAGAAGAAGAGAUAGUAAGAAAAUAAAGAAGAGAAUCCCGCUGGAACUGGCGGCGAAGCAAACGGUCGUUUCGAGAGAACCGUUUGCGUUUCAAAUGCUCAAAAAGAAAACACCGCCGGGCGCGUGCGCGGAGAAAGCGACGAGGAGGUACGAAAAAUCGAGAGCGCGAGAAGCGACGCUGUUUGAAGCGCGGCGAGAGAAAGCUAUGGAAGAGAAGAGGAAGAGCGAGCAGAUGAAAUGGAACGAAAAGUUACGCGAAGCCAACGAGGAGGACGAAGGAGACGAACUUUUAUACGAGCGGUUGUGGCAGUAUGAAGACGAAGAAAAAGAGGAGGACGAGGAGACGAGGAGGGGAAAGUAUAGUAGCGCUGCUACUAUGAAAAACAACAAGAAGAGGAGUUUAUCCGUGGAUGAUGACGCGAGGAAGGAGAAAAAGAAGAAGAAGAAGAAGGAGACGGAAAAAGGAGAAGAGAAACACCGAACCAUUCCAGAGGAGGAAGAACGAGACGGGUUUAAAUCGCCCACGGAAAGGGAGUUACGAAAAAGAAACGGAGGUUCGUUACCUAUCGCGACGACGCAAUCGUACUACGCGAUAUGGAGAGCAUGCUCGAAGAAAGCGGAAAAGAAGACCUUGCGAGCGAAAGAUUUACCGUACUUACACGACGUCGGCGACCAAUCGGAAAGUUCCGCCAUCGAGUGGAUUUUAAAGUCUUCCGUGAGUGGACCCGAAGGCGGGUGCUCUUGCGAAGCGCCUCGGAAAAGUCAUCACUCCAAGUCGUGUGCGGUCAAACUUCUCCGCUCCGAGAUGCUGCGUUGGCAUCCGGACCGGUUCGUUUCCAGGUUUCGAGGUUGUUUCUUUUCCCUGCGAGAGGAAGAAGAGGCUCUGGUAAAAGUGAACGCGACCAGCGCGAGGUGCGUGGAAAUGUUUAGGAACUUUAAGACGAGCAGUAGUAGUACUUGA